UCUCUGGCAAUGGCAAGGUAUCUCAUCAGGGUGGCGGUACCAGUACCGCCUCGACGGCUACGCUCACAGACGGUACCAGCAUCUACACCCCCAGCCUCACCCACAACAGUACAUUGUCUGAUCUUGCUGUGAGACCGUCGGCACCGGAGCCCACGGUCUUAUUGCGCGAAAUCCAACAGGCUGCCGAUGACAUGUCACAGCUCGUUGGGCGAUUUGGAUUCAAGAUGGCAAAAACGCUCACGACUUCUUCUAUCAAAAAGGCGCUUUUCGCGGACAAGACAUUGCUUCGACUACCGUGCCUAAUGCUCGACUUCGGCACCGCUUCUGUGGUGGCUCUGGAACGAGCUACUCGACUACCUGCCGCCGAUAGGCGAAAUGCGGAAUUGCAGACUCGACUUCAACCCCGCCUUGAGGGCUGACAUAGCCCUGCCCUAUGCGAUCACCAUCGACAUUUCAAGCAAACACAACAAAGACAACAUCGAGCUUACUGCGUCGUAUGGUGGGCUAUUCGAUGAGCGGCGUAUCUUCGAUGCAUCUAUCACCCGGUUUGACUUCCCCAAGGCGGAAAAGUACGGCAAGCUGACCAUGGCUACCCUGGACAUCGACCAAAACCCGUACGAAGGAAACGGCUGCAUCGCCCACAUAUUUGGAUACCUCGUGCCUCGUCUGGAGAGCAAAUGGCGGCACGCCAUGGAGGCUUUUCCCUCAGAGAAAGAGGAGGACCUUAUCAUCGCUCUAGCUAAGACUUACAAAGCGGGAGACGACCGCUUCCCCAUGUCGGAGAACCAGCAACGGCAGUUCCAGAACCUGCUACAGCGCUUCCCGACCGACGCCAGGGAAUACGUAGCCAAGAAAGGGCUCGUAGGAAUGGAGAAGGGACCGUACAGCCAGUCUGCAUUUCAAGCCCCAGGUCCGAAGGACUAGAAUGUAGACGAGUGUUUAUCUACUAGUAUUUGAUCAGCGCCAUCGAUCUCAUGUUGCAUUCGGGCUUUUCCCCCUUCCCAAAUAACCUAAGUAGAUAGGAAACCCCGAAUACGUACG